AUUCGAACGGAACCUGCAUUUUUUUUCGCCGGAUGAAUCUAGUACAUCCUUCGCCUCUUAAAUGCAACGCCAAACAGCUGAUAAGUCUGGGACCAGAAGGAAUUUUUCUAGCAACAAAAUGGACUUUGACAUUUCGGAAUGCUAACAAGUAGUUUGUUGAUCUGUUUGGGUUCUUCCUGCACAUUCCUCUAUAGGAUAUAUCUGAAAUUAUGAGCCUCUUCCAUGGAAGGGCUCGUCAGCCCGAAAUUAUAAGAACAGUGCAAAAAGAUUUACGGUUUUCGGACGAGUUGGGAAGUGAUUUCUCUGAUAUACUUCGCCUCGCCGGAAGUAGAAAUUGGAUUCGAUACAAUCACCUUUGCAAAUUGUUAGCCGAAAUCGCGUACCACGGGUUUGCUUCGCUAAAUCAUUUACAAACAUUAGGUGAAGAGUACACAGGCAUAAUUCAGGUUGAUUCUAAAUUCAUCUCAUUGCCAUCGAAACUGCUACAAUUAACGUCAAUCAUCCUUGAAUUUGGCGGUGACUUACUAUAUUUAAAAAUUCUUAACCAAUUCGAAAAUAAUAUUUCACAAAAUGAAGAAAUUCUACCUGAAGCCAAAGAAAAGCUCUUAAAAUUCAUCUCAUUCAUGAGAGCCGCUGCUCCGUAUAUCAAAGGAUUACAUAAAUCACUCUUCUACUUGGGUUCAACAAAGUACCAGCUAUCAAAGCGACUAACAGGCAUCAACUAUGUGCUAAUAAGACACUGGAUCCAACCAGGCUACUCACUUUAUGGGUACAAAGUUCUUGGGAUCGUUACGGUCCUUCAACUCUUCGUUUCGUCUACGUUUAAUAUUUAUGAAGCAGUUACCAAAGCAAAGGCGAAGCAAGAGAUGAUUCAAAAGAAAACUUUCAGUAGAGAUCGUGAUACUACUUCGGAAAGUAGUAACGCUUCACCGUGCUCGUUGUGUUUGGAACCGCGGCAGGACACUAGUCUCACAACGUGUGGUCAUUUGUUCUGCUGGGAUUGUAUAAUUGAUUGGCUCGAUGAGAGGGAAGAAUGCCCCAUUUGUCGGGAGAAAUUAAAGAAAUCAAAUGUUGUGCAAUUGCAAAACUAUAUAUGAUGUAAUUUUAAGCUUAAGAGGUCUGUACUGUGAUGAAUUUGAAUAAAUUUGUUAUUGUUGUUAUAUUA